GAGCUGCCUGGCGCCAUCCUGAAAGAAUGCCUUCACUGUAAAAAAAAAAAAAGGACGAAAGAAAGAAAGAAAAACUACUGGGGGAGAGAGAGAGAGAGAGAGAGCGCAGAAGAGGGAGGUAGAGGGAGGGAGAGUGAGCACGAGCCGCACAGCACGAGAGGGUAAAGAGACAGGACCGGGGGGGAGUUAAUGGAGAGCGCUCCAACUGCGCACGAACGCAGAUUUGAUCAGAGACUUUAACUUGCUGCAGCCGAACUCUCCAAACCGGCCCGACACGGUCCGACUUCCAGCCGAAUCCCUCCGACAGGUCGGGAGUUCUGCGCGGGCCUGGAUUUUUAUUUAUUAUUUUAUUUUGGACGUUUUUUAUGUGACACCUUUUUGUUGCGUGUUAUGCGGGGUGAUCGGACCCGAGCGGAGCCCGUGGAUUUAACGCACACGGAUUUGGGACUGAUUAUUUCUCCUUUUUUAUUCAAAUUUUUUGCCCGCGCGCCGGUUUGCUACAUGAACAGCGACUGAAACAACAGAAGACACGAACCAGAGGAAGAAUGGAAGUGAGCGCGGACCAGCCACGGUGGGUGAGCCAUCAUCCCGCCGUGCUGAACGAACAGCAUCCCGGAUCACAUCACCCGGGCCUCGGCCACUCUUACAUGGACCCUUCGCAGUAUCCGCUCCCGGAGGAUGUGGAUGUAAUGUUUAAUAUCGAUGGACAGGGGAACUACUACGGGAACUCUGUCCGAGCCGUCCAGCGGUACCCCCCACCACCUCCCGGUAGCCAAGUGUGCCGUCCCUCGCUACUGCACAGCUCCCUGCCCUGGCUGGAGGGCAGCAAAGGAAUCGCCACACACCACAGCAGCUCUCCCUGGAACCUGAGCCCCUUCCCCAAGAACCCCCUCCACCACGGCUCCCCGGCCAGCCUGUCCGUCUACCCCCCGGCCUCCUCCACCUCCCUGUCCACCGGCCACUCCAGUCCGCACCUCUUCACGUUCCCUCCGACCCCUCCGAAAGACGUGUCCCCGGACCCGGGCAUAUCCACCCCGGGCUCCAGCAGCUCCGGGCGCCAGGAGGACAAGGAAUGCUUAAAGUACCAGGUGACCCUGGCCGAGAGUAUGAAACUGGAAUCGGCUCACAGGCAGAGCGUGGCAUCAAUCGGAGCAGGGUCAGCCUCUGCCCACCACCCCAUCGCCACAUACCCACCCUAUGAAUACGGCCCAGGCCUCUUCCCACCAAGUAGCCUGAUAGAAGGUAGAGAGUGCGUGAACUGCGGGGCUACGUCGACCCCUCUGUGGAGGCGGGACGGUACGGGCCACUAUCUGUGCAACGCCUGCGGCCUCUAUCACAAGAUGAACGGGCAGAAUCGCCCUCUCAUCAAGCCCAAGCGGCGGCUGUCUGCAGCCAGACGCGCAGGGACGUCAUGCGCAAACUGCCAGACCACAACGACGACGCUGUGGCGGAGAAACGCCAACGGGGACCCGGUGUGCAACGCCUGCGGCCUCUACUUCAAACUCCACAAU